UAUGCGUCUAUGAACCUACAAAAAGUAGGUAACCCAUAGGACCUUUUGGAAACAUCUGUCAGUAUUCCCGCUACCUGUCUCAAUGUAUAUUCUACCUGCACAGGUUAAAACCAUCACCACACGGAUCAGACGGUUCAAACUUCAAAAGAAAUCGCAUACUGAAGAGUUUGAAGGAGUAUCAGCUUUGUUUCGCGCUAUGGCUUCGUCCCCAAAUGAUGGAUACACCUGCCAUUGGAGCGUGGUGACAUCUCCAGUCGACGACCACCUGAACUGCACCGUUCUAUAUCUCGAUCAGUGCACGUCCUGGAACAGAUGCCGCCAAACCUGCCUCAAGGCAGGAGCCACCAGCUAUAGAUGGUUUCACGAUGGCUGCUGCGAGUGUGUGGGAGAGAAUUGCGUAAAUAAUGGAAUAAACGAGAGCAGAUGUCGAUUGUGUCCUGAACCAGGACUGGAGGAAGAGGAGGAUUAA